AAUAAAACCGAUACAACAACAAAAACAACAAAUCGAAAUCAAAACUUUAACAAACUUUUGAAGCGACACAUUUCAUGAAUUCAGUCAGAGUUAGUUCGCAUGAUCAGUCGGAUUAAAUUCAGUUUUUAUAUAGUUGGUGGCUAUUUCAUUGAGCAAAAUCUGUUUGUAGUUUAGUCGCUUUUUGGAUUGUUGAAUGAGAAAAUAUAAAACAUCAGUGAGAAAACUAUCAUUUAAACAAAGUUUUCACCGAUUAAUUGUGGACUUUGAGUGUGGAUAAUAAUUUGUGCAAAAAUGAAGAAACUUAUCGACAAAGGAUAGCACAAGCAAAUAAAUGUAAAUUUAAACAAAACAUUGAAACUUUUUGUGAAUAAAUUAUUGUUUUUGUGUAUAAGACACAAUUCAGUCUUAGACGUUUGACAUUCAAUUUGAAUUUUUGUUGUAAUAAAAUGCAACUAACUUGGAUUUUCGGAUUACUGUGCCUUACCAUUGGUGGAACAUAUGGAUAUUUUUCGCAUGAAGGGAAAUAUUCGCAUCAGCUGCAUGAUGGCCAUCUUAUAGUUCCACGUAAAGUAGAUCAUAAUGGACAGCAUCUAUCGCAUAAUGUAACCCACCACUGUAAUGACGUCGGGGAAACGCUUCAUUACCGAAUAGAUGUAAAUAAUGACACCAGCAUGCAUAUCGAAUUACAACCAACAAACGAGUUUAUUGCUCCGAUGAUGGUGAUCGAAAGACAUCGCAGAGAUUUAAGAACAAGAAAGCGUCACCCGAAAAACAAUUCCCACUGUCACUAUCAAGGUCACAUAAGAGAUGAUCAUCACUCCAAAGUGGCACUAUCAGCAUGCGAUGGAUUGGCUGGUUUCAUUCGAUCGAGCAAAGGCGAUUAUUUCAUUGAACCAUCAAAGCAUCAUUCAGCCACACCGGAUGGUCAUCGACAUGUACUAUUUCAGCGAUCGGCCGCCGUCAAACAAAAACAACAACAGCAAAAUAAAAAGAAAAAGAAAAGACGAAAGGGGCGUAAGAAACAUGUUGCAAGUAAUUGCGGAACAAAAGAACCCAAAGGUCCCAGAGAAACUCAAAUCGAAUGGCAACCUCAAGGCAAGGUAAUUGUUCAAGGUGGUCGCAAGACAAGAGGCCAUCAUGUGAACAACGUGCAUAGAACGAAACGUUCAAUUAGCAGCCCACGCCAUGUUGAAGCUCUGGUCGUGGCUGAUUCCUCAAUGGUGGCAUUCCAUCAGGACGGUUACAUCGAAACGUAUCUGUUAACCAUCAUGAAUAUGGUAUCGUCACUGUACAAAGAUCCAGCGAUCGGCAAUCUAAUUAAAAUUGUUGUUGUGCGAAUCGUUUUACUGGAAGAUGAUGAAACGCAUCCCGAUUUCAAUGUGACUCACAUAGCCGAAAGUAAUUUGCAGAAUUUUUGCAGAUGGCAAAGAUUAGAAAAUCCAAAGAACGACAAUGAUCCUCAUCAUCAUGAUGUCGCCAUUCUAAUUACCAGAAAAGACAUUUGUUCAGCCAGUGGUUGCACUACGUUAGGCGUUGCAAAUGUUGGAGGAAUGUGCAGGCCAGACCGAUCGUGCAGCGUAAAUGAAGAUAAUGGAAUAACGUUGGCGCACACCAUUACUCACGAACUGGGACACAAUUUUGGCAUGUAUCAUGAUACAGAAAAAACCGGAUGCGAUGGUCGCACUGGGAAAAUUGUCCAUGUCAUGACCCCUAGCUUUGAGGCAGAUACAGUUCAAGUGUCGUGGUCUAAUUGCAGCCGACGGGAUAUCACACACUUUUUAGAUCAAGGACUGGGAAAGUGUCUUGAUGAUCCACCCACAGACGAGGAAUUUAUUUAUCCCGAUCUGCCACCAGGAGCAAUGUACAACGCUGAUUUACAGUGUCGUUUACAAUUCAAUCAGACAAACGACAGCAUUCAAGUGUGUUCCAAAUUGGAUGAAAUAUGUUCGCAACUGUGGUGUCUUGUCAACGAUGUGUGCGUAACUCAAUUGAGACCAGCUGCACCAGGUACCAAUUGCGGGAAACAUAAAUGGUGCCAACAUCAACAAUGUGUUCCAAUCGAAGAGCUACCGAAUCCGGUAGACGGAGGCUGGGGUAAUUGGAAUGAAUGGAGCAAAUGUUCACGAUCUUGCGGUGGUGGCAUCUCCAUGCAAAGCAGACAAUGUGAUCAUCCGACACCGGCGAAUGGUGGUUCGUUCUGUGUCGGCGAAAGAAUUCGAUAUAAAAUUUGUAAUCAGGAUUUGUGUCCUGAAGACGAGCCUAGUUUUAGGUCGCAACAAUGUGCCAUGUAUAACAAUGAAACGUUCAAAGGGAAGCAAUACAAGUGGCAGGCGUAUUUCGAUAGUCACGAUCCGUGUGAGUUGUAUUGUACGGAUUCGGAGGAUACAGUUAUAGUGCCAUGGGGUGAUUCAGCCGCUGACGGUACACCCUGUAAUAUCGGAACAAAUGAUAUGUGCAUCGCUGGUAUUUGUAAGAAAGUAGGUUGUGACUGGGUCGUUGAUUCGAACACUACAGAAGAUCAAUGUGGAGUCUGUGGUGGUACAGGAGAAACGUGCACAACAAUAAAAGGAGAGUUCAAUAAAAAGCUGAAUAUAUCGGACGGUUACUAUGAAAUCACCACCAUUCCGACCGGUUCGAGACAUAUUCUCAUUGAAGAAAUUUCUCCGUCAAAAAAUUUCAUUUCUAUUGGUAAGGCUGGCAGUAAUGAGACGUAUCUCAAUGGUGACAGAAUUGUGUCGAUGUCUGGUGAAUUUAUGAUAGCCAAAGCGAUGGGCUUAUAUGAAAGAGAUAACGAACAAGAGAAAUUGAAAAUUCCCGGACCAAUCAAGCACGAAAUUACCGUUAAUAUUCUAGUGCGAGGUAAGAAAAAUGGUGGAAUUAAGUACGAGUACACUCUGUCGGCCAAUUCUACACUCGUUCCCGUAUACUAUUGGCAACUCGGUGAGUGGGCAGCAUGUUCUGCUACAUGUGGUGGAGGAAAACAACGCAGAUUACCGAUAUGUAUUCAAGACAAUAAAGGAGUUGUUGAUGAGGAAAACUGUUGGUCAAAUGCGGAAGGAACACGACCCACAGAAAAGACAAGACACUGCAACGAGGAUCCGUGCCCGUGUCAUUGGUGGGUUGGACCCUGGCAGUUAUGUCCAGUAACGUGCAAAAAGCAUGGUCAACCCGAACCAUUGAAACGACGCUCGAUUAUGUGUGUUGAUCAAAAUGAAAUGGCAUUACCUGAUACACGAUGUACAAAUGAAACGAAACCGCAUGAUACUGACGCAUGUGGCGCAAAUCUUCCGUAUUGCAAUUCGGACGAUAAUAACAGUGAAAGCAAUAUGAUUUAAUGUGUUUUGCCGCCACUCCGUUUGCUACAUAUCUCUACUUACAGCAGCGACAAAAGAAAAUUCUGAUUUUAAAAUUUUUAUUAUUUUUUUUUAAUAAAAUAUUUUGUUUUUGAUAAAUAUUCUA